AUGCUUCAGAAAUGUGAUGAGACAUAUGAUAAUGGUAAUGGGAUCUCGAAAGAAGAAUAUUGGUCUAGAAUAGUGAAUAUCUCUAUAGAAGUAAUAGAAAGACUUCGUGAUGAAGUUAAUGACUUUCUUAGAAAUGAUAAUGGAUCAACUUAUCUCAAAAUGGCAUAUGAGGAAGUCUUAUUUUCAGUAGUAUUUACUGGAAAGAAAAAAUACUAUAGCAUCUCACAUAGAAGAGAGUCUAACUUUAAUAAUAAGCUUUUUAUUCGAGGGGUUGAGAUUGUAAAGCGGAGGCAGUCUAAAUACUUUCGUGAGGUAGAUAGAUAUUCCUGUGAAGAAGCAGAUACCAAACAACGCAUAAAAAAGGGCUUAACACCUGAGCCUUAUCUUUAUGAAAUCCCAGAACCAGACGAACGCUUUGAGUAUAUUAUAGCUGAGAAUGAUUUAUCAUGCCUAAGUGCCUUUAGCCA